AUGGAACAGGAUAUUCCCGAUUAUGAUAUGGACUCUGAUGACGAGAGAUGGCUUCAAGCCCAGACGCAAAAAUUGGAUUUAAGUCCAGUCAAGUUUGAAGAGAUGAUGGAUAGGUUAGAAAAGAGCAGUGGUCAAACUGUUGUCACCUUAAACGAGGCCAAGGCGCUUCUCAAAGAAGACGAUGAUCUCAUAAUAGCAGUAUUUGAUUAUUGGCUGAAUAAACGGCUGAAAACGCAACAUCCUUUGAUUUUGACCGUAAAAACGGAAAUAAGAUCUGGUACUGCAGCUAACAACCCAUAUCUGGCAUUUAGGCGACGAACAGAGAAGAUGCAGACAAGGAAAAACCGCAAAAACGAUGAAGCUUCCUAUGAAAAGAUGCUAAAACUGAGAAGGGAUUUAUACAGGGCUGUGACACUGUUAGAACUUGUAAAGAGGCGAGAAAAAAUCAAGCGAGAGUAUGUGCAUCUUACUGUCGAGGUUUUUGAGAAACGCUUCCAGGCCAAGGACUUCAGUGGUGCUGUAAUGGCAGAAGCUUCGGCUAUCAAAUCAUCCAGACCUGCAUUUACACCAAUAUUUCACAAUCACUAUCCAAAUCAGAGUUGGGCGAAUAAGUCUAUACUUAAAGAUGAGGUUAUACCACGAAGAGAAAAACGACAGUACAAAAAACGCAAACACAAAUCGCUGGGUGGUAAUCGAUCUGGAAGCUAUGGAGUUGAUUCUUUGGGUGGUAUGUCUUCUGAUGAUGAGGUGACCAUGUCCCAGUUAUCUCCAGAAGCAGAUGAGGCUGAAGAUGAAAGCCAAUUUGCAUUCAAAAGGAACAAGCUAUGUUCUUAUCAUAGGCCACUUCCACAUGAAGGCAACUGGCGGUGGGCGUCAAAAGAAGAGAAUGGUUUAGCAGAUAAAAGGUUCCGAUUUACGUUAACAUCCCUCUCGAAUCCGCGUCGGUGUAUAGGCUUCGCUCGAAGGAGGGUUGGUAGAGGCGGUAGAAUAAUUCUCGAUCGAAUUUCAACAAAUUAUGACGAUUUCUGGAGGACAUUAGAUUUCUCUAUAACGGAACCGGAUAGAGAGGCUGGUACUAGUAGAGUUGUCGAGGAGGAGCCAGUCCUUAUUCAAGAAACUGAUAUUAAAAGUGAAGUUAGUGUUAGUAACAGUGCACGGAUAAGUGAUAGUAGUGUGAUUAGUGAUAGUAUUAAGGUGGAAAUUAAGAAGGAGCCGGAGGAUGUGCAAGAGGAGGGUGUUACACAACUGGAACCUGUGUAUACUAAAGAAGAGAAUGAUGAUAUGGUUGAUUUUCUUCGAUCGCUUAGGAGGGAUUGGUUACAUUUUCGACCUAAAACGCCACCACCUGACUAUGAAGUUCCCUGUGAUAUGCUUCAUUCUGAGGAGACAUUCUUCGAUCCCAGUGCCAACACCUUCUCGAUGGAGAUACAGACAUUGGAUGCACCUAGUUCUACCUUUCUGGAUACCUCUACGUUUGUCUCAGAUCCUUUCACACUCGACCAGCUGGACUUGGAUACAAGGCAGCUCUUACCUGCUGCAUCCACUCUCAAUACGCUUAUACCUAGUGUUAGUAGUGAUAGUAACGAAAACGACAAUUUCUUGUCAAGUGAUUCUUCUAGUAGUGAUAGUGACUUUAGAACUAUUGGUUGUUCGAAUUUUAAAGUAAAUGAUCUAGGUUUGAAUGACAGUAAUGUUACUACAAGUACUACAAUGACGAAAAGUCAGCAAACAAAAGUUCAAUAUUCCAGUACCUCUGCUAGUCCUAAAGUAAAUAGUGUGAAUACAACAUCCUCUUCGAGUGGGGAAGAUUUUAAACCAACCAGAGGCAACUCUGACUCUUCUUUACUUGGGAAUACCAAUGGAUUGUUGAGUCAGUUUUGCUUUGAUGUACCUCCUUCUAGAACAAAAAAUAAUAAAUUACAAUACGCUUACUCCGGAGCAAUGGGAUAUCCAAAUGCUUCUUCAGGUACCCUAAGUCUUCACACUUCUGCGCAUACCCUUACGCUUAAUAGUCAUAGUGCCAACAUAUUGGAUAUACCAUUGACUAAUGACACAGAAACAAAUAAAAUAGAUUCAGAAGCCACUGGGGGGCCUGUAUCAAGUAACAAUAAGUCAAAAAGUAUAGUACGAAAAAAUAACAUCAUAAUGGAGGUAACGUGAUGAUCAUUUUGGCGCCUGCUAUCCUCGUGGAUUGCGGGAUGAGGAAUCAGUUUUUGAGUACAGGGUGUUGUAUUACACAAAACAUAAAAAACUCAGCAUAUAUGCCUGCAUGAUUUCGGUGUUAAGUUAUUGAUUUAUAUAAUAUAGAAACUAGAACUCAUGUAUCACAUGCUAAGAGGAGUUGAGAAGAAAU